CAUAUAGGCGUUAAUAUUGCUGCUGUUGUUAAUGCUACGCUUAAAAGCUUUAAAAUAUCUGCGCGUAACUUAGGCUACUUUAUCCUUAAUAAUGCUACUAACAACAACGCUACUAUUAACGCCCUAGCUAUUAAAUACAGCUUUAACGCCUGUUAUUAA